AUGGCUCCUCCACUUAGCCAGUUGCUUUGCAGGCCGCCAACCGACUUCGCACCCGAGCUGAAGGUCACUGAGGUGUCCAGCGACGGUGCCUUGGAACAGUUCAACCUGGCCCAAAUCAGGAUGGGCCGCUUCCAUUUGGUGGUGUUGCCGGGCAUGUUCAUUCGGAAAGCCAACCAGACACAAGGUGAUCCCGACGGUAUGGAAAAGAUCGUCGCAGGAACUACGCCGGUUACGCUCUUCAUCCGGCGCGGCGACCAGAUGAUCAGCAGGGAGGUCCCACGCAUGAGAAGCAUGAGGCCGGCAAAGCCAGACCAUGUUUGCAAGCCCGGUUGCAUCGACAUCCAACCACUUGGAUUGAUUGUUGCAAGUUGCCCAAGUUCGAGAGUUUCGAGUUUCUUCUGCGUUUGUAGUUGCCGGCAUGCUGCGUUGCCAUUUGUAGACUUUGAUACCGUUGCAGACUUCGACAUGCUGCAAUCUACAGCGGUGGAACACCUCGGAAUCUACUCGCAGCAUCUGGACCUGGGGACAACCUCGAAGAUGCCUACUGCGCGGGCUGGAUCGUUUAUCUCUUCGGCCGACGCGUAA